UAUAGUCUUCUUAUGAUCUAGUAUAUCUUCUUUAGACAUUUGAUAUUUGCAUAGUUUUCAUAUAUAAUUACAUUCACUAUUUGCGGCCAAUCAGAAAUAGUUUCUCUAAGAUGCUUCAAUGAGAAAGAGGAUCCGUGCUUCAUUUUUCGCUUACAUUUCAUUAGGAUACCAUGGAUUUGUCAUACUUUCUCCCAAAUUCGUCAAUUAUUGGAUCUGAAUUUAUUAAUAAGAGAUCUGAUAUAGCGAUUCCUUACAUGAUUAUCAUGGUUACUGCCAUAUUCGUUGGAACAGUUGGAAAUAUUUUGGCAAUUGGGGCAGUCCUUAUCAAUAAGCAUCUGAAAACCAUUGGUAAUAUUUUUAUUGUGAAUCUGGCUAUAGCCGAUUUAUCGGUUUCCGGUUUUGUAAACGUAUUCAGCAUUAUCGGUCUUGUAUAUGGAGAAAAAUGGUUUUUGGAAAGAAAAGGCAUUUGUGAAGCUGUAGGCUCAAUAUGUCUAACAGCAUGUCUCGCUUCUCUACUUUCUAUUGGCGCCAUUAGCCUUAAUAGAUAUUUUCAUAUCGUGCAAAGAAAUUUGCACAAUAAGUUAGCAUGAAUUGUAUUUAUCCUUAUAUUACCUCUAAGACUUAUGUAUUGUAUACUUUACAGAAUUUAUACUCUACGAAAUACAAUUGGAAUGAUUAUACUUCUGUGGACAAUAUGCUUCCUGCUUGAAAUGCCUAAUUUUGACUUUAUAAACUGGAACAAUCAUUCCUUUGACAAGAAGUCAAUGACCUGUUUAUGGGAUAGGACGUAUGCCCAUUCUUAUUCGAUUUUUUUCAUUACUGUUGGCGUUGUUUUUCCUAUAAUUUUGAUUGCUUUUUGCUAUUUGAAAAUAUUUCUUCAUGUUAGACAAGCAAAGAGAAGAAUCAUGGCUGCAAAAAAAGGACAGGAAGCAGUUGAAAGUGCUUCUGCAGAGAGAGAAAAAAGAAAUUCAAUGCGCUUAGCAAGGACACUAUUUGUUAUCUUUGUUGUCUUUGCUUCAUGCUGGCUACCGUAUGGAGCUGUAAUUCUUUACGAUAAAGAUGAUAAAUUACCUCUUGAAGUUCAUGUUUUUGUAUUAAUUAUUGCUCACUUCAAUUCUAGUUGUAACAGUAUUCUUUAUGGAGUUAUGAACAAACACUUUCGUCAAUCAUAUGUCCAAUUGUUGGGAAUACACCACUUGGCAUAUCAUAUGUGUAAAGUGCGAAUGUAUUCAUACAAACACGAGGAAAGAGAUGCUCAAUCAACAGUUAUGACAAAUAAUAAGAUAUCUCAAAAGACUUUUAUAAAAUCGUAAAGCAGAGAUCAAUUGAGAGAAUUUAUGUUGUGUUUCAAUUAAAACACAUGUCAAAGAUAAUUACUAUGUACGUGUAUAAAGGAACAUAAUUUGUUGUCAUUAAAAGCACACUUAAUAAGUGAAUUGUUUAAAUAAAA